AACUGACUCAAACCAAGAAAACCAAUAGGUCACCGGCUGAGAGCCAAAGUUGUAACUUUGGGGCUACUAAGUUUCCAACUUAGCUGGGGUUGUCCCAACAUGCAUUUACGUUUGAAUCAGCAAUUGCAUGUCUUGAUUCUUGAUGCUGUGUUGCUUUCCCUGCAUUCCAACUGUCUGGUGCGGGUUAUGAUGAGAUUCCUAGGAUUUAUUUGGGUUUUUCUUAGUAUAAUUGUGUGUUUUAUACAUGUAGAUUGGGAAUGAAGAGUACAUUUGAUGUUUGCAUUCAAUGUGUUAUAGGUUGGGUUCUUCUUGUUGGAAUUGAUGUGGAGAACUAAAGGUGGAUUAUCAACAAAGUUACUAAAUAUAAGUGUAGUGUGUUUCUGUAAAGCCAAGCAACUGGAGAAAGCAGAAGCAGUGAUAAUCGAUGGUGUAAAGGUAGGAGUAGAAGCGGACGUGGUGACUUAUAAUACUCUGAUUACAGCAUAUUGUCAAUUUGUUGGGAUUCACGAAGGUUAUUCCGUUCUUCGUAGAAUGAAAGAAGCUGGGGUUAUACCGGAUGUUGUCACGUAUAAUUCUUUGAUAGCUGGUGCGACCAAGCACGGCUUGUUAUCUCGGUGCCUUGAUCUGUUCGAAGAGAUGCUAGAUUUGGGAAUUUUUCCCGAUGUUUGGAGCUACAACACUCUGAUGCAUUGCUUCUUCAAGUCUGGAAAACCAGACGAGGGCUACAGGGUUUUCUGGGACAUUCUUUUACAAGGGAUUCCCCCUUGUCCUACCACGUUUAAUAUCCUAAUCAACGGUCUCUGCAAAAAUGGGUAUACGGAGAAUGCUAUGAUGCUAUUUAGGUACUUAAAGCGUCAUGCUUUUGCUCCUCAGUUGGUAACAUACAAUAUUCUCAUCCACGGGCUUUGCAAGUCGGGGCGGCCAGCACCUGCAAGAAGGCUUCUGAAAGAGCUCGUGGAAACAGGUCAUAUCCCGGACACUGUAACGUAUACUACAGUGAUGAAAUGCUGCUUUAGUUCAAGACGUUUCGAAGAAGGGCUUCAAGUCCUGGCGGAUAUGAGAAGCAAAGGGUAUAUAUUUGAUUCUCACGCGUACUGUACAGUCAUUAGUUGUUUACUUAAGGCAGGUAGGACGAAGGACGCUCAUCAGUGUCUGGAGAAUAUGAUCAUGAAUGGCGUUAACCUUGACAUAGUGGCGUACAACACCCUUAUUAAUCUAUACUGCAAGAACAGGAAGCUAGAAUACGCCUACUUUUUGGUGGAAGAUGCCGAGAAAAGAGGGUUGGUUCACGACGUAUACACACAUACUAUCUUAAUCGAUGGCCUAUGCAAGACCGGAGAUAUAAAAGGGGCGGAAAACCACUUGGAGUGCAUGAACAAGAUGGGUUUUGUACCGAAUUUGGUUGCUUUCAAUUGCUUUAUCAAUGGGUUGUGUAAAGCUGGCCAAAUCGACCAUGCAUUGCACGUGUUUAAAUGGAUGGAUGAGAAGGAUUGUUUUACCUAUUCAUCAAUGGUGCACGGUCUUUGUAGGACCGGGAGAUUUCGCGAAGCAUCUAAGCUAUUGCUUUCGUGUAUUAGAGGUGGUAUGAAAAUUCUGAAGUCGGAUAAAGAAGCAGUCAUCAAUGGUCUUCGUCGUUCUGGCUUCUUGAAUGAAGCCCGAAAACUGCAGUCAAGAAUCCGUGUAGCAAAGCUAUUGCAUUACCAUUGAGUUGAUAGUGUCUACUACUUGACAUUUCAUGUAAAGCAUAGGCAAAAAUAUGAUUUUUUUUUGGCAUCAUAAUUUCGAUUAAUUCGCGGGAAAAAUAUUAUUGCAACUUUGCAAGCCAAUAAAGGCACAACAAAGCAAGCACAUGUUAUGUUGGUGAGUAGGAA